AAGUGGUGGAGCGGAGGCGGCGCCUGCGCGCGGCGGCGGGUGUCCGGCGCUGUCGGAGGACGGCUGUGAGAGGAAGGCUGGCGGGCGUGCACAUUUGGCUUCGGGCCGGGAACCUUGUAGAAGUAAGUCUUCUAGGAACCUGGCGGCGCCGGCGGGUGCUGGCGACGUGGCGUCUGGGACAGCCGAGUUUUGCAGAACCCUGCUACCUAUGGACUCUGAAAUGGACUUCAUUUAAAGAAACCCCUGACUCAUUAACGGACAAAACAUGAGUCAAUUUGUGUUGUGGCAUUCAAAUCCUAACACUUCAAGAGAGGUUUUGGACUGCCCUCUUGCAUCAAACCUUGGUUGUCAUAGUCCUCUGAGUGUCGUCUUAGGACCUGGGUCACCCUCAUGGCACAAUGGCCAACCCUCAGGAGCACCUUAGCUGCUCCUUUUCACCACACUUGCCCUUGACCGAGAAUAAAACCUCCAGUGGACAAAAUGAGCUUGCAGCUAUGGGGAACCACCCUUCCCCCAAGCUCCCUGAGGACCUCCAGGAGAAGGCUAUGCAGUCAGAGCUGAUGGAUCUCACAGGCAGCCCCUUCUCUACAGCAGUGUUGACCAGUGUAAGCGAGGAUUCCAGGGGCCAGUUUGAGAACAGUGUUCUUCAGCUAAGGGAACAGGAUGAAUCGGAGAUGACUGUGUCUCCGGGGAACAGCAGCACUGUGGAUGGAGAGAGCACAAACGGAACUGAAGACAUCAAGAUUCAGUUCAGCAGGUCAGGCAGUGGCGGGGGCGGGUUUCUCGAAGGACUGUUUGGAUGCCUCAGGCCCGUGUGGAACAUCAUCGGGAAAGCAUAUUCCACCGAUUACAAGCUGCAGCAGCAAGAUACUUGGGAAGUGCCAUUUGAGGAGAUCUCAGAACUGCAAUGGCUGGGUAGUGGAGCCCAGGGAGCUGUCUUCCUGGGCAAAUUUCGAGCAGAGGAGGUGGCCAUCAAGAAGGUGAGAGAACAAAAUGAGACGGACAUCAAGCAUCUGAGGAAGCUGAAACACCCUAACAUCAUCGCAUUCAAGGGUGUCUGCACUCAGGCUCCAUGCUAUUGCAUCAUCAUGGAGUACUGUGCCCAUGGACAACUUUAUGAGGUCUUGCGAGCCGGCAGGAAGAUCACACCUCGGUUGCUCGUGGACUGGUCCACAGGAAUUGCUAGUGGGAUGAAUUAUCUCCAUCUUCAUAAAAUCAUACAUCGAGACCUCAAGUCACCAAAUGUUUUAGUGACCCACACAGAUGCAGUCAAAAUUUCAGAUUUUGGUACAUCCAAGGAACUCAGUGAUAAAAGCACCAAGAUGUCCUUUGCUGGUACAGUUGCGUGGAUGGCACCUGAGGUGAUCCGGAAUGAGCCUGUCUCUGAGAAGGUUGACAUAUGGUCUUUUGGGGUGGUGCUUUGGGAGCUGCUGACAGGGGAGAUCCCCUACAAGGAUGUGGACUCUUCAGCCAUCAUCUGGGGUGUUGGGAGCAACAGCUUGCAUCUCCCAGUUCCCUCCACUUGCCCAGAUGGAUUCAAAAUCCUUAUGAAACAGACAUGGCAGAGUAAGCCUCGCAACCGGCCUUCCUUUCGGCAAACACUCAUGCAUCUGGACAUUGCGUCUGCGGAUGUGCUUGCCACCCCACAGGAAACUUACUUCAAGUCUCAGGCUGAAUGGAGAGAAGAAGUGAAAAAACACUUUGAGAAAAUCAAAAGCGAAGGGGCCUGUAUACACCGCUUAGAUGAAGAACUGAUUCGCCGGCGCAGGGAGGAACUCAGACAUGCGCUGGACAUUCGAGAGCACUAUGAGAGAAAGCUUGAGCGCGCUAACAAUCUGUACAUGGAACUGAGCGCCAUUAUGCUGCAGCUGGAAAUGCGGGAGAAGGAGCUCCUAAAGCGAGAGCAAGCAGUGGAAAAGAAGUAUCCUGGGACCUACAAACGGCACCCUGUCCGUCCAAUAAUUCACCCAAAUGCCAUGGAGAAACUCAUGAAAAGGAAGGGUGUGCCUCACAAGGCUGGCGUGCAGACCAAGCGGCCAGACCUGUUACGAUCUGAAGGUAUCCCCAGUGCAGAAGUGGUUCCCACUGCAUCCCCUCUCUCUGGAAGUCCCAAAAUGUCCACUUCAAGCAGCAAGAGCCGAUACCGAAGCAAACCACGUCACCGCCGAGGGAAUAGUAAAGGCAGCCAUAGUGACUUUGCAGCAAUCUUGAAAAGCCAGCCAACCCAGGAAAAUUCACCACACCCCACUCACCUGCCUCACACUCAGGCUCCAUGCCCUUCUCUCCAUCAGCAUAACCCCCUCCAGCAGCAAUACCAGCAACCCCCUUCUGCCCUGCCUCAGAGCCGCCGUCCCAGACUCAAUAUGCAUGGGCAGGACAUUGCAACCUGUGCUAAUAACCUGAGGUAUUUUGGCCCAGCAGCAGCCCUGCGGAGUCCACUCAGCAACCAUGCUCAAAGACAGAUGCCUGGCUCCAGCCCUGACCUCAUCUCCACAGCCAUGGCGGCAGAUUGCUGGAGGGGUUCUGAUCUGGAGCAAGCCGGACACUGGGGCUGCUGUCAGACAGAAGCCUAUGAUCCCUGUCUCCAGUGCAGGCCAGAGCAUUCUGGGUCUUUAGAUGUUCCCACCACUGAGCCAAUGGGAAGCAGCCCAGACUGUUCCAGUUCACCAGCACACAAUCCUCUUUCAGGAAAUACCCAAGGCUCCGGGAGAAUGGAGGCAAAUGGAUUCAAUGGCUGUCAGUCUGGUAUUUCUCAUCAAUUCACAUCCCCAAUGCUACCUCAAAAGACACGACCCCUUCAGAAGAGUGGAGAUGACUCCUCGGAAGAAGAAGGGGAAGUGGACAGUGAAGUGGAAUUUCCUCGAAGACAGAGGCCCCACCGUUGUAUUAGCAGCUGCCAGUCAUACUCAACCUUUAGCUCCGAGAACUUCUCUGUGUCUGAUGGAGAGGAAGGAAACACGAGUGACCACUCCAACAGUCCGGAUGAGUCAGCUGACAGACGGGAAGACCGCCUGGCAGAGAAACUAGACGACCUGCUGUCCCAGACACCUGAGGCCCCCAUUGAGAUCUCUUCCCACUCAGACGGGCUCUCUGACAAGGAAUGUGCUGUCCGGCGUGUGAAGACACAGAUGUCCUUGGGCAAGCUGUGCGCACAGGAGCGUGGCUCCGAGAACGCUGUGCAGUUUGGAGACUCGGACUGUGACUCUUCAGAGGGGGAAUGUUCUGAUGCCACUGUUAGGACCAGCAAGAACUACAGCUCUGCCACCUGGUGACAAGCGCUCUCCAUCAGAAGAUCUCGAGACGCUGGCAUCUCGAAUCCUCUCCAGCUCUAAACUCCUCCCUCCUGCAUUUGUCUGGGAGGAGUGGCCCAAUCCCAGAAACAAGCCACACUAACAGGAACACGAGAUUUGUUAAAUCUCUGGGGAAAUACCCAAAUGACACUACGUCUCACUGAGCGUUCAAUCAGGGAUGGCAGGGAUCUCCUGUAUGGGAUCCUCCAGCUACUGUAACAUUGAUAUUUAUUUUUGUUGGACAUUUUAACACUUUGUAUUGUAAAGAGUGAACUAUAUAUGAUACACAGACACAAUAAUUUCUUUACAAAAAAAAAAAAAGGAAAGAAAAGAGAGUCUUUAGAAGCAACACUUAGAAUUUGUGGGGCUAAGAGGUGUCACUGUCACUUGAACACAGGACCAGGUCUUUCGUCCACACUUGAAGAGUUGUAAUGAGACAUAUUGAGCAUUUGAAACACAAGCCAAAGGAAAUGCAGCCACAUUAAGUUCAACUGCUUGUCCAUGUGAGGGACAGAAAUGACCUGGAAGUUGAGUGAUCUCAGCACCAAAGCCUCUAGGGCAUGUGCUUUCCUCUAAGAGGAAUGAGCAAACAGAAGUGUAACUGCAAAUCUGGGAGCCAUUUCAGUUCUUAACCACUAAGCAGAAUCUGGCAGUAAAGGUUACAGUAUCAAGUCUUGCCCUUAGCAAAUGCUUCCUUUCAGAUGCUGCCACUGUCACAACCUUGACCAGUGUGGUCUUUCAGACUUGUGUGCCAUUUCUCUCAAGUAGCUUCCUUUCUGUCCACCUGUUGGCCACUUGUGUCAGGAAGGGGAAGGGGUUGUGAGUGGGAUAAAGGGGUAGGAAAAAAAAAAAAGAGCAUCUAUGACAUUAGGAAAACAGGACUGUAAAACUUCCUUUUCAGGAUGGUUGUUCAAGCUAUACAAGCAAGAUGGCACAGCCCCUCCCUGGACCCAGGUUAUCUAUCUACUGGAAUCAUAUUGAUUCACACAGAAGGCAGCUAGCAUGUGUGUGUCCAGUGUCCAGUCCCAAACCCUCUUUAUUUUUGCUCGUGAUCUUAUUCUAGCUUUGGUGGCUGUCUAUCACUGUGGCAUAAAAGGCAAAGGAAGCAGCUCACAGAAAGGCUAUCCGUCUCACCACAUUUUGUUAAAUGCUGUUUGUAAAAUGCGGGUGUUUUUGUUUGUUUGUUUUUAUUCUGAAUCACCGCAGUUUUGUUUAGUUGGGUUAGGAAAUUUGUAGAACAGCUGAUGCUAAACAGGAAUUAGGAUUACUUUAGUAUCUCAAAAGCACGUGAUUCUUCCUGUAUCCAGAGACCUAGGCUAUGAAAAGUACCCCAAGGUACUUUGUGGAGUGUUGGCUUGAAGCAGCAAGGGGGCUAGAUUAUAGUUAAAGGUGUCAUAUCUAGAAUUCGUAUAUACAUGCAUUUGCCUGAUCCCUGUGUCUCCAAUGCAGGCUUCUGCCAAAUCCACACUGGCUGGAUUCCGACAUCACAUCCUAUAAGGAUGUUAGGUAUUAAGACAUUCCAACCCCAAUGGAAACAGUGCCCCUGGCGGGGGGUCACUGACUGCAUCAGCCAAAAAUGAAAAGCAGGAGGGGAUUUAGAGCCGGUCUUGUGUUUGACUCCUCCUUUGUUUACACUUUAUGUUGAGACAUUGAUUUUAAAGUUUAGUGUCUAUAAUUUAUAGCUCGUAGGAAGGAUGAAGGAACAUGUUUAAUUUAGAGAGCAGUAUUGUUUUGUUAAAUUAUUCCAUUUUAUAUAAACUGUAGCAGGACUACACAGGAGAGUUUAA